CCAGCUGAGAGAGGGCAGUCCACUGGUCUAACGGUAGAAGAGCAUUAACACCUGAUCUUAUCUGUCGUCUUCCUGUCUAUCUCUUGAUCGUUAAAAGCAGCCAAUCAGAACCAGUGAAGAUGACGACCUGUGGCACCGUGACGAAGAGCCUGCUGCUGCUGGCUGUGGUGGUCGCUCUGACCGGACAAGGGUCUGCAGCAGUUGAGAAGUUCUCUGAUUGCUGCACCAAGGUGAGCAGAGAGAAGAUCCCUGAAACCAUCGUGGGCUUCAUUGUGCAAAAGAGAAACAAUCACUGUGUCAAUGCCAUCAUUUUCCAAACGGAGAGUGGUGGUUUGUACUGCAGCAAAUAUGAUGAGCCCUGGGUGAAGAGGAAGGUCAUGCAGCUUGGGGGGACAAAAAUAGCAGCAUUGGCCUCCACCCCCUCCCUCCUGAAGCUCAUCACCUCCAGCUCCUCUCCUCCACCAUUGGAGGGAACCACCGGCAUGCCCUCAACGCAUUAUACCGUCCAAUAGAAAUGCUUCUUAUACAGCGCCGGCCAAUGAGCUCCAAGAUGGCUGACCGGAUACUUUUGAAGAGGAAAACAAUGGACUGCUCGAUUUAAAAAAUAAUAAUUUAGAGUACUCCAGAUAUACUAGCAUUUUAUCAGAAGUGCUUAAGGGCCAUAUGUGAUUUUUUUUUUUUUAUUUCUAAGUCUGAAGUCAGAACUCAAGAAAAAGAAUCACAUGUCGCCCUAAUCCUCUUCUCUACAUUGUCAACCCGUUAUAGGUUAUUUAUUAAAUUAUAAUAAUAUAGCACAACAUUUAAAUGUACUUUCAAAAGAUAGUCCUAUUUAUUAAUUGUAUUUAUCAAUGUCAGCGCAUUAUGAUACAAUGUUGUAUCAUUGUUUAUAAGUUACAACCCAGUCUCACGGAAAUAUGCGACGCUGUCACGUCACGUCAUUUAAUCUAUUCACUCGUGAUCUGGGAAUGGGAUCUGGGAAGUUUUCUGUUGCGGUUUGCCUUCAGAUCAACACACCUGCAUUAAAUGUAUCCGUGAAUUGUCACCAUUUCUCAGAAUCAAUGGUGAAAGUAGAAACGGGUGACCAAAAGCUGUCAUAAUGUUAGAAAUUUGUGCUUUUGGCACGAAAAUUUGAAAUUACGUGUCCCAGAUCACGAAUGAAUAGAUUAAAUGACGUGACAGAGUCACGUAUUUCCGUGAGACUGGGUUGUAAACUAACAGGAUUUGAUGAAGGUUCUAGCUAUUUAUUAAUUUAUAAGUUUUUAGCAUUUUAAUAUUCAAAUGUAUUUUGUGUGUGAAUAUAAAUAAAAUAUGUCCUAUUCUAUAA